CAAAGUGCAAGAGGAACAGACGCACCAAACCUGCAAAGCCACUGCGCACCUCUCCCUCUCUCUCUCUCUCGGCUGGUUGCUAUCCUAUUCUUCUAGUCUAGAUCCAAGAAGGGGAGGGAGGCAGGAAGGCAGGAAGGCGUGGAGCUGUAGGAGCACUGUAGAGAGCCAGUGGCGGAUUUGGAUUCUGGGGGAGGGUACGUGCAUGGCCAGCAGCAAGUGGUGGGAGCAGGCGGCACUGGACUUCCCGCCGCCGCAGCACCAGCACCAGCACCAGGCGGUGGCCAUGCCGGCGCUGACCGCGGCGCCGGCUCCCGCGGCCGUGACCGCGGCAGCCGGUGCCUCGCCGGAGGGCAAGCAGCAGCAGCAGCAGCAGCCGGGCGCGGCGGGGGCCAUCGUGCCGCUGCGGAGGCCGCGGGGCCGGCCGCUGGGGUCCAAGAACAAGCCCAAGCCGCCGGUGAUCAUCACGCGCGACAGCCCCGACGCGCUCCACUCGCACGUCCUCGAGGUGGCGCCGGGGGCCGACGUGUCCGCGUGCGUCGCCGAGUACGCGCGCCGCCGGGGCCGCGGCGUCUGCGUCCUGGGCGCGUCGGGCGCCGUCGGGGACGUCGCCGUGCGCGGCGCCGCCGUGCCGCUCCGCGGUCGGUUCGAGCUCCUCUCCGUGACCGGGACCGUGCUCCCGCCCCCGGCGCCGCCCGAGGCGUCGGGGCUCGCCGUGCUGCUCUCCGCCGGGCAGGGCCAGGUCGUCGGCGGCUGCGUCGUGGGGCCCCUCGUCGCGGCCGGGCCCGUCACGAUCUUCGCUGCCACCUUCGCCAACGCCGUCUACGAGCGCCUCCCGCUCCCCGACGCCCCCGACGUCGACGUCAAGCCCGACCUCUCCACCGCCACCUCGGCGGGGCAAGAAGUACAGCCGCAGCUGCCAUUGGCAACCUCCCAGCAGCAACCUCCGGCCAUGGGCGCCGGCUACGCCGACCACCGCUCGCCGCCGUACCCGUGGGGAGGCGGCGUGUGAGCAACCGAUGCAUCCUUCGCGGCGUUCUUGGUUUUCUUGGUCCUAACAUUGACUAGGGAACUAGGUUUUGUCAAGGUGAUUUCUGGGCUGAUACUGCAUGCAGCAUGCAAGGAAUUGAUUCAUUGGUGCCCUUCUUGGGCUCUUGUAAUUUCUUUCUGCUUCGAUUUGUGAUUUCGUUGUGGGAAAAAUUGGAGUGAUUUGACCACAAGGAGCCAAACCUUUUGUGAAUCGAGCAUUAGAUCAGCAUGGUGCCUGCUGCAAGUAUACAUCAGGCAGGCCAGCCAAGUGUUUUAAUUGUGUGGUUAAUUGAAGUGAGUGUUCUUGUUCA